AUGAAAGAGAGUAAAGCUAUUUAUGUGACUAAACGUGAUAUAAAACUUGAAUUAAAUAGAGAAUAUAAAUUUUGCGCGAACAACAACGCAAAAGACAGGGAUUUUUCGCCCGUGUCUACAAGAUACUUUAAGACUAAUAGUGUCUUGAGCGAGAAGUUGUCCCCUAUAGUGCAGACUAUAUCGGGAGCCACUAGCCCCAGACAUUCGAGAUUCAACAGGAACAUUGAAAUAGGAAGCAACACUGUCGUCAAAAGUCUAACAAACACAACAACACAAGUCGAAGAAACUAUAGAAAAGGAUACUGAAACAAAACCUGAAAACAACAUUGAAGAUAUAUUACAAUCCAUAAUUUUUCAGGAAGAACCAGAGGACAUGCAAAAUAAAAAAGUGGAUUCAUACAAACCUAUGGAAAGGAACGAAUUGCCCCCAAAUCAAGUAUAUUCUUCAGAUUCUUUAGAACAACAUGUACAUGACCUUGAAAAUCCAAGUGAUGAUAAACUGAGCCGUUUCUCCGUAGAUACUGAGGACCCUAUGGAGAACAAGCUCGAGAGAGAAUACAGGAGAAUAUUUGCAGCCAAAUCUAAGUCUAGAGAUACUAAACCAAUUGCUGAGGGACCCGUUCCAGAUUUUAAGAGCGCUUCAACCACAUUAAGACAAAGAUUCGAAGCUCUGAGGCGAGGUUUGACGAAGAAGGAAGAUUCUAAGAAGAAUUCUAUUAUUGUGAAUAAAGUGCCUAGUCAAAAUAGUGCAGCCAGCCAUAAGGAUGUGUCAAUAAAUUCAGAUCCACCAUCUCUAGAAGGAAGAUCGUAUUCAAAUACGAGAACGUAUACCCCAGUGUCUCCAUCAUGUAGUCGAGAAAAACCUGUCUUCCAUCCCAGGACUCACAUUAUAGAAGAUCAGUUACUGGCCCCAAAAAGGAGAGGUAGUGAUCAGUGGUCAUUAAGACCGGAUGACGAUGACAGCGAAUGCCAAGGUGUGAAAGGCAUGUUCAAAAUAUGGGAAAAAUUCAACUUGGAAGAAGAGCAUUACAAGAGACCAUGCACUCCAUACCAUCUUUUAACACCCCAAAGAAACCCACAGGAACAACAAAGAAGAUUCAAGAAUCUAAAGGCGACAUGAAAGCAGAUGCCCCUAAAAAAUGCGGCAGAGAAGAAAGAGGGCCGAAAGUUCUUCUUCUUUAAAAGAAAAAUAAAGACAAGUCUCAAAACGAAGAAAGGCCUUACUACUGGUCGUUGUGAGGUAAGAGAAGGCUUGGUGAUUAAGAUAGCAGGCAACAAUCUUGUUCGAGAGGACGCUGCGGAUAAACCAGAAAAAGUAGAGGAACCAGCACCCGCACCUGAAGCUUACGAGGAAAUGGCGAGAAGAGCAUGGCUUAAGAAAUUCCUUUCGAGUAAUAUUGAGUCACGGAAUAGUGUCAAAGUACGUUGGAAUAACAAAACCUACCGCCGAAGCAGUAGUACGGUCUUUGAAUUGAUGGAUAAUGUUUACAAAGACACUGGAGUCGUUUUAAUCAAAAGCCAAGUGAACGCUGAGCCAUCAUAUAAGUCUUAUACAAAACAACAUGUAAACUUUGUCCAACAAAACAUUGAAGCUUGGAUGAUACCAAAAACUGUAACUGAUAAGCCAAAGCUUAUUUUAGGCAAAUCGAAGUGUAAAUCAAACGAAGAUAGAAACGAUAAUAUGGAAGUUAGAAUUUCAGAUCAAAAAUGGUUCAUCGACAAAUCUAAAGCAUUUUCCCAUAAAAUAGAAGUGGUUUUACAUUCGAAAAAUUUUAGAAAACUUAAUAGGGCGGAAAGUUCUGAUUAUUUAAGGAUUGAUAUUCCUAAGGGUUUCUUUGUCGAUUCUAGCAGUGAUGAACAUAACAGAAAUCCUACUAACCAAUCUAGCGAUGAGGAAGUGUAUAAAAUUGUUGAAUAUGAAACUGCAAGUGACUUGAAAAAGCAGAAAGCUCGUUCUUUCGACACAGGAGAUUAUGUACAAAAUAAUAUAAAAGUAACCGUUAGCGUGCAAGGAAGUAAAGAUGGUGCUUUGAAGAUUUUGGAUCCUGAUAAACCACCGGUAAGCAGAGACGUGGUGAUACAAGGCAGCAAUGUGUAUAUACCGAAGAGGUGCGACGUGAUUGGUGUAGGAAUUAUCACGCAGAGGGAAAUGAGAGAAAUACGCAAGCCAAUCUUGAAAAUCGCAGAUGACUAUACCGACGAAGAUUCAGAACAUAACGUUCUCAAACCACAACAGAAGAAAUGCGAGUUUGCCGAGAGUUACCUACAAGAGUAUUACCGUAACUGGACUCCUCUGGGCUUGGAUUUGUACUCGUGGUGUGUCAGUGACUCCCAUUUGAGGUGCUGCUCAGAAAGCAAAACGAGCUUCAAUAACCAAGGCGUAGGAACUAAAUCUUGUCCUAACAUUUAUGACGACUUUCAAACAUCUACCAUCAUUUCAUCUUGUGGAGCUUCGUCUUGUAGCCAAUGCCACAAUCACGAGGGAGAUGAUAAGCCCCCUGAUAAAUUUUCAUGGUUCGGAAAAUUGUUAAAAAAAUCUGCUAAUAAUAAUAAUAAAAAGGUCACUAGUCAAAACGUACACAAUAGUAAAAAGGUUACAAGUCGAGACGUACAAAAUAAUAAAAAAGAGGAGUCGUUACCACCGUGUAGAAGAGACAUCAUCCGAACAGUAUUGCCCAAAGACUCAGUCGAAGUUUUUAAAAGGAGGAAGAUAUAUGCUAACAGCAAUAAAUCCAAAUGGACUGGACCUUGUCCAGAAAUCUGUCUACCGUACUCAACGCCAAGUAAUGAGAGCAAAAGUGCUCAGAACACUUUAAGUGAAUGCCCGAAGCUGAUGAAGCCUUGUUGUAAGGUAACUGAGCCUAAACCGAGACCAAAGUCAUGCAAGAAGCAUGUUUCCCUCCCUGACUGUGAUGCGAUGAAUGAAUUGUUAGCAAAGCAGCUUGCAGAGAUGCCAGAAGGCAUUCUAGCGUUCAAAAGCGGUACGGCUCCUUGUCCCAAGCAUGCGAAAGUGAAUCUAGACCCUCCUUGCGAGAUACCGCGACAACCGUGCAGAGAUGAUUGUGAGAUGAUGGACAAUCCUCCAUGCGCAAAUUCGACCGUGCCUUGUGAUGAUACACCACCGUGUCCUGCCGCUGGCCCACCGUCGUGUCCUGCAUCUCGCCCGCCACCGUGUCCCAGCAAAAAUCUUGUCCUACAUCUCUUCCACCACCAUGUCCUGGAGACAGCUCACCGCCGUGUCCUGGCUCACCGCCGUGUCUUGGAUCUCGCCUAUCGUCAUGUCCUGCAUCUUGCCCACCGUCCUGUCCUGCAUCUCGCCCACCGUCCUGUCCUACAUCUCGUCCACCAUCCUGUCCUGCAUCUCGACCACCAUCCUGUCCUCCAUCUCGCCCACCGUCGUGUCCUCCAUCUCGCCCACCGUCGUGUCCACCCACCCCUCCGCUUUGCAUUAAAGUCUCUUCGUGCCCAACGACUCCUCCUUUUAACAGAUCUCACCAAUCUCCCCCAAAAUAUUGCAGGAAACCGACAACUUGUCCCCCAAAGCCACCUCCACCUUGUUUUACGAUGUCCCCACCAUGCCCUCCAGCCCCUCAACCUUGUAGGCAACAACCCCAACCCUUGCAAAGAAUCACAACCUUAUGAACCACCGCCACCGCCUAGUCCCCCAAGGCAACCGUAUUGUCCCCCAAAGCCUUGCAAAGAAUCACAACCUUAUGUCCCACCGCCACCGCCUGAUCCCCCAAGGCAACCGUAUUGUCCCCCAAAGCCUUGCAAACAAUCACAACCUUAUGUCCCACCGCCACCGCCUGAUCCCCCAAGCCUUGCAAACAAUCACAACCUUAUCGCCAAUCACCACCACCUAGUCCCCAAGGCAACCGUAUUGUCCCCAAAGCCUUGCGAAGAAUCACAACCUUACCAAGAAUCGCCACCGCCUAGUCCCCCAAGGCAACAGUAUUGUCCCCCAAAGCCUUGCAAACGACCACAACCUUAUCCACAAUCGCCACCGUCUUGUCCCCUAACGCCACCGUCUUGUACUUCGACGAUGUCUUGUCCUUUUUCUCCUCCAACAUAUGAGGAACCUCCCCAAUAUGCUCAAAACCUUGCAAGAAACCGCAACAGUCUUAUCCCUCAACGCCGCCAUCUUGUCCGUCGACAGUGUCUUGCCCUGCUUCUCCUUCUUCGCCUCCAACAUAUAAGAAGAGUCCUCCAUAUCCCCAAAACCUCACAAGAGACAGCCACCUCGUUCCUCAUCGCCGCCGUCUUAUCCCUCAACGGCACCAUCUUGUCCUUCGCUGCCACCGUCCCGGCCCCCAACCCCUCCAAAUCAACCCCAACUCCCUCCGUGCAAACCCCAACUCCCUCCGUGCAAAACCCCAACUCCCUCCGUGCAAAACCACCAAAAUGUCCAACACCUCCUCCUCCAUGUAAAACCUUCAAAAUGUCCAACUCCUCCCUCCAUGUCCAUGUCCAACUCCUCCUCCUCCAUGUGCCUCCCAGUUGUCCCCAAGUCCUCCUCCGUGUAAAAGCCCCCACUUGUCCCCGAGCCCUCCUCCGUGUAAGCCCCCACUUGUCCCCGAGUCCUCCUCCGUGUAAGCCAUCAUGCCCCCACGAUCCUCCGUGCAAGAAGCCACCGCCCUGUCCUGGUUCUCCUCCACCAUGUCCGUCGCCUCCGCGCGAUAAAACCACCGCCGCCAUGCCCACCCACUCCGCCUGUCUCCCCAAAACUGCCCUGAUCGCCUCCAUCAUCCACCACCAUUCCAUACCGUGUCCUCAUGCCCCACUUCAUUCCCACACCACGUUGUCCCUUCCCUUCGCGCCACCGUGUGACUACUCACUACCAUGUCCCCACGCCCCGCCGUGUCCUCAACCUCCACCGUGUUACCCUCCCCGCCUUGUACCCCCCCCCGGAUCCUGCUCCUCCUGUGUCCUCACCCCACCGUGUCCAAAGCCCAACCAUGUCCCGGCACGCCACCGUGUCCCAAAUGUCCACCACGUCCUCAACCUCCGCCAUGUCCUCAAACACCGCCAUGUCCUCAAACUCCGCCAUGUCCUCCUCCACCGUGUCCCCCACGCCGCCGUGUCAGAAAUGCCCAACUUGUCCCCACACGCCACCGUGUCCAAAGUGUCCCCACUCGCCACCAUGUCCGAAAUGCCCAACGUGUCCUCAACCGCCACCGUGUCCAAACUGCCCAACUUGUCCCCAUGUACCACCGCCUCCAAAUGCCCAAUAUGUUCAAACACGCCGCCAUGUCCAAAAACGCCACCUUGUCCAAAAUGCCCAACGUGUCCUAGCCCGCCACCGUGUCCAAAAUGCCCACCGUGUCCCCACACGCCACCGUGUCCAUAUUGCCAAACGCCACCAUGUCCGAAAUGCCCAAAGUGUCCUCAUACGCCACCAUGUCCAAAAUGUGCAACAGCUAACACGCCACCGUGUCCAAAAUGCGCAACAGCUAACACGCCACCGUGUCCAAAAUGCGCAACAGCUAACACGCCACCGUGUCCCAAAUGCCAAAAGAUGCCCAAAUCCCCACCAUGUACUAAAACCCCACCAUGUCCUGCGAUGUCACCGUCCGCGCCGCCGUGUCAGCGGCCACCGGCCUGUCCCCACACACCGCCGUGCACGACACUGCAGUUAUCCUCAUCACCACCGAGCGAUGGUCCUGAUGAUAAAUCCCCUUUGCGUCCCCAUCCUGUCCAGCAUCACGUCCGUCAUGUUUUUCUAUCUCGUUCACGUGACGAAUAUAAGAAUCCCAACUCAAUUAAAUCGGGACGACGUACCGGUGAAAAUCAACAAUGCGAUGAUUUUCCCUGGCCUACGAAAAAUCAGAUUUCUAAUCAGUCGUCAAUCACAUCACUAUUUCGUACCAAGAACGAACCCGCAGAAACAUUAGUUUACGGGCAAUGUAAGAAAGACUGCCCAAUGAUGCCUCGAUUGUCUUGCAACACGAUACUUUCACCUGAAAAGGAAUGCACUCAGCAAACCUGUCCAAAUAAACCGGGAUCACCACCAAUGUUGCCUAGAUUGUCUUGUAGUACGAUACCUUCACCUAAACAGGAAUGCAAGAAAAGCUGUCCAAAUAAACAGGGAUCACUAUGCCCUCCUUCUAUACCGGAAAUGCAGUGCCCCACGUUGGGACCUGAAAAUCCUAGAUGCAGAUCUAGAAUAGGUGGCCUGUCUCUUAAAAUGAUGCCCUAUAGAAAACCAACAUGUUCCAAAGAUUGCCCAGCUUGGCAAAGUACACCCGGUGAUGACGGCUGUAUUAGUCUCAAUUCCGAAGAAAAAAUAACGAUUAGAUUAAAGAAAGAAAAUCCUAGCACAAUUGAGCUUAGAGAAGGUAUGAAUAUAAAAGUGCAAGACGAAGACGGAAUGACCUUAUUUGAGAGAAAAGAUUACAGGCUACAGCAUGCCGAUUGCACUAUUCAGCGGCCGUCGUUACUAGGUGAAAUGUUCAAGGCUUCAGAAGUACGAAGACUAACUACUAACAACUCUGUGCAAGCUUUUGUGGCUGAUAACAAUUCUUUAAAAGGAAUGACAGAAAUUAAAAGUGAAUCCAGUAUUGCGAACCUUAUAGAAAUUCAGUUCAAAUUAAAAGUCACACAAGGUGAGAAAACCACCGAAAUCAAUAUAGCGAAUGAUGGUGACAGGGAAAACGAAAUAGAAGACAACAUAGAGCGUAGCGAAGGCAUCAAACAAAUGCCCCAAGAAGUUUUCGUUAUGAAUAACGAGGGCGAAAGAAUUGCAGACCAUUCACCGAAAAACGAUCUGAAUAUACGUAUCGUGAUAAAGAACUUCAAACCUAAAAAUGAAAAGAAAUCCGGAAGCUCAAAGAACGGUGAUUACAGUAAAGACUUUUCUGAAAAGAUCUCUGCCAAAUUCCAUAGCGUGUCAACUGGCUACAGUGACGAAUUGCAUGAUGAUAACGUUUUCUCAGUGCACAGAGCUACUAUCGAUCUUACGUCAUCAGUAGAUAAUAAGUCCAGGACGUACAGCGAAGAAAUUAUGAGUGAAACGUUAAUAGGGCUUGGGAGGGACCUGCUAUGGGAUCUUCGGAACAAUCCGUUUGUAGAUGUGUCACGGACAUGUCUGAAGGGAAAAGCGAAGAUAUGGAAGCUAAAUCAGCAAGUCAAAAGUAUAGUACGACUAAAGAUAUUCAAGAGACAAUGCAUUGUCAGGAAAAAGAAGAGUAUAGAGGUCAUCGUUAAACCUCACACUAAAGAAGAAAAGAAGGAAAUGUUGAAACAGGUGUUUGAGAAAGCGCAAGAAACAACAGCCAAAACUAAAACCCGAAUGAGGAAGCUGCGGGAUAUGCUGAGAGUCAUUCUGACGUCAGAUAGCAGCGAUCACGAAGAAGCAAACCGACCAACGAAUGAUGUAUCAAAUGAUGUAGCUUAUGCGGCGUUAAAACCAAAUUAUUAUACUGACAGCAUGAACAAUUAUUACAGAGAGAGCCAUGAAGCAUUAACAGACGAAGAAAUAAACAAACAAGUUGUUUAUCCAACUAUAGAAAAUAGCGAUUGCACUGACAGUAACCACAGCGAUGAAUUAUCAUCUGACAAUGAAGAACAUCCAGAAGGUGGAUGCAUGUGUUGUACAGUGGCUGCUAGAUUAAAACUAGCUUCUAGAAUAGAAGGGAAGGUUGCUGCUGUGCAAGGCCACCAGCUAAGAAAAGCGAAGAAGUUACUUGCAAUCUUAAAAGGAGUCGGAUUACUGCCCAUGUGUAUGACACCCGACUAUGUGGACGCGGAAACGCAAAAGUCACAGUUAUUGACAAACAAGAUGAAUAAUGCUGAUUUGUCAGCACACAAGAAUGUCAAAACUAGCACUACAGCUAGCAUUUCCAUGAAAGAAGAUGUCAAAUCAAAUUCUGGAGUUGUAAAUGUGAACGACAGACAGCUUAGUUCUAGGAAUACGUUGUCGCGUCGUAUGGUUCAUGUUAAAGAAUGCGUUACAAGAAAAAUGACCAGGAACACGACACUAAGUAUAUCAGAUGAAGAUAAAAUCGUAUUAGUAAGUGAUAAUUCCACCAAGUUCAAUGAUAGUUAUAGAUUAAAAGAUAAAGCAGCUGAGAACACGACGCAAGAGCCACAAGGGCUUUCAAUAAUUCAUGCUUCGGACAUUCUACAGUCUUACGAAACUAAGAAAGCAGUUUUAGAGAUUUAUACCGAAAAGACAGUUUCGGAUGACGGAGAAAGAUUGGUAGCGAAAUUACCGAAAUUCGUGUACGACAGAGAGAAUGAAAUUCAAACGAAUUAUGAGGCGAUGGCGUCGAAUACUUAUAAAACUGUGUGUAAAAGGAAUAUUGUAAUGAUGGCUAUUAAUAGAUAGUAGCAAAUCUAGAGGGUUUUAUUUGUCUUUAACGGAAAUCUGUGUCGACUGUUUAGGUUUUUUUUUUAUUAUUAUUUGUUUUAUAAAUAUACGGUAUUUGUUUCUUUAUGAUACUGUUUUAUUAAGUCCAUCUUCGCAUUAAGAUUUAUAGGACAUUAUCACAUGACCCCUCCUGUUGUGGGUUAGCAGCUG